GUUUACCGUAAGAACGCUUGCUACUCAAUAUCAGUAUUCACUUCUCACUGGUGCAACCCUCGGAUAUCCACGGCCAAGUACAAUUCAGGUGCUUCGCACAUGUCACCUGAGCCAUAAAUGCCCGACAUUCAGGGACCCCCGUCUUGCUCCGUCUACUAUCGUUGUAAAAUCGAAGUCCUUUCUUGCUCUUAAUCUAACGUCAAAGCUUGUAUGUCUCAAGCAAUCAUGGCACUGCUCCUGAACUUCUUCUCGAGCAACCACUUGGCACAAUGCUGCCAAAACAAAGCGGCUAUUAUCUGUAUCCGCUCGUGGGAAUCACUACAGCGCGCAGAAAUGCCACAUAUCUUGGGAACAUACUACUACUCAAGAAAAUCAUUAUCGUACCUUUCGGUGAGAUCCGGUCCCGACAAGCAAACAAACAUGUCCUGCCAUUGUCCUAGUCCACUCUUGAGUCCAGAUUCAAAGGUAACUAGGCUAGGCUCGUCUGUUCACAAAAGAAACGCGACAGGUAUAUGGCAAGUAGUUCCGUGAUUGGCGGGGCCUAUACUCGGUCUCCAGAUCGCAAUGGUAUCUGGUGCUAACCAAGUUGGUCCUAUAUCCACUUGCAGAAACGCUGAAUUGAACCCAACCAAUUCAA